AAUGACAAUAUCAAAAUUUUGAAAAAUAUUUAAAAAAAUUUAGUUUUCAUUUUUUCUUAUAAGUAAUAAAUAAUAAAGAACAUUGUCUAAAAAUAUAAAAUUAUUAAACAUUUUUUUUAACAAAACGAUUAUUAGAUCAAAAGUUAUUGGAUUUGUAAUAUAUCCUCCUAGCUCACCUGCAUAUACAGUAAUAAGUAUAUAAAUAAUUUGUAUAUAUAUUUUUUAAUUUUAUAUUUCAUAGCAACAAUAAAUUGUUAUUUGUAUAAUAAAGUUAUAUCAAAUGUUAUAAAUUUAUUUUUAAUGACCAAAAUUAGAAAGAUAAAAAUAUUAAAACAAAAUUUGUCUGAAAUUGAAGUAAAAAGUGCUGUUAUCUAUGCUAUUAAACAUAAAAAUGUAAAACAAAUUUACAAAGGAAAUUUUGUAAGGGGUUUGUGCCAUGGUUAUGGUUUAAUGAUAUGGCAAGAAAUUGAUAUACUACAAAUAUAUGAAGGUUAUUUCUAUGCUAAUCUUAUACAUGGUUAUGGUCGAAUGAUUUAUCCUGAUGGUUUAAUUUUUGAGGGACUGUACAAAAACAAUAAACGCUUUGGCCCUGGUGUUAUGACACAUACCAAUCAAAAUCAAGAUGUAGGAUUUUGGUUUAGUCAUCGUUUGCUACGCUUAAUUUCUGAUUUUACUUCAAAUAUUGUACCAUCAUUCAAUUUGACAAAAAAUAUUUCAUAUUUAAAACUAUUAAAGUUUAAGAAUCUCAUAGAUUUAUCACAAGAGCCAUAUGCAAUUAUCAACUCAUGGAAGUGUAAUGAAAUGAACUUCACUAUUAACAAUUCCUUAUUAUAUUCCAAGGAUUACCAAAGUUUAUUUUUUGAUAUUAAUUUUUUUAAUGAUAAUUUUUCAAAAAAUUUCAGUACAUUUUUGAAAGAAGAUGAAAAAUUUACAGAAAAAAAUAAAUAUAAGUUAUGUGAACAUUUUGAUGAUUUGAUACAAAAAUAUUUUUUGAUAACACCCAAAGAUGAACUACUACAAUCAACAGAAAGUUAUUUAGGGAAAUGCAGCUUUAGAUUUGGAGAAUAUGUGGAGUUUCUUAGCGCGAGCUCGUGGUCUCUCAUUGUUAAUGAAAAUAGCGAGGCUUUUAUAACAGGUGAAGAAGUUUCAAAAAAAACGCAUAUAGAUAAAUGGCAUUCUAAUAUUUGUCCUUACAUGUUGGCGUACAAUAACAAUACAUUUGAUAAAAUGAUAUUGACCCAUUCUUUUCAACAGAAAUUUGCCGAGAGUCAUUUGUUAUUUAAUGUAAAUGACUUAUGGGAAGGAAAAAGGAGCGCUUUUGCACCACCUAGCCAUCAAGAGUUAGCAUCAAUACGUUUAUUAACAGAGCUUGACUUGAGCCCAGACGAUUUACGAACUCAUAUUGUCAAGUCUAAUAUCGAAGUCGACGUGGCUGAUGGUCUUGGAAACACGCGAUUUAUGAUUGCCGUUGCAAAAGAUCAACAUGAAAUUAUGCAUUGCUUAAUAGAACUUGGUGCUUACAUAGAAUGUUGCAAUGAUGAUGGGUUUACUCCUUUAAAUUUGUCAUUGAUGCGAUACGUUUGUUUACUUAACGACAUAAAAACUUGGAAUGAAUACGUAAUUCCACAUAUUGAUUUCAAAUUUCAAAUUCCAGAAGGUUCUAAACAUUGUUUUUUGCGAAAUAUACGAAAAAUUAAUUUUUUUAGUCCAGAAAAUUUAGUAAAUUUAAACUUUUUAGGAGAUACGAGUGUCUCCAUUUUAGAAAAAUCAAAUUGGAAAAUAAAUCAUUCUGUCGUUGUCAAGUUAACUGUUUUGGAAUUGAUUGAGAAAACUAUUUUGAUUUUGAUAAGUAAAGGAGCUCAAACAAAUUCAUGUUUUAUUCCAAAAACUACUAUUCAUAUGGCUUUAUUGACAUGCAAUCCAAAAAUUUUAGAAGCCGUUAUUUUAUCUCAAGGAGACAUACAUUAUACAUUAAGUGAAAAUCCCAUUUAUGAGAUAUUGAAAUAUGAUUUACCGUGGAAAACUUAUGCUAAAUUAAAUACUAACAUGACAGCUUUGGAUAUUGUAUGUUUGAUGAAACGCAAACUCACACCAGACAUUAGUAAAAAUAGCUUAGUAUACCAAAUGGAAAAAGAUUUAGCCGUGAUGCUUUAUGAUGUAACUGACAAAAAUCAUAGUUUCUGUGGACUCAACGCCGUCGCUUUGGCUAUGUUGACCGGAAAAAAAGAAAUCGUGAAGGCGUUAUUAUUCAGAGAUAAUAAAUUAGUAAAUAAAGUGUUCAAAGGCCUAGGAAAUUUGUUGUUUCUUCUGUUCAACCCGCAGUAUAAUAUGAAUUUAUCGCCAACUCUACAAAAUGAUUUUCUUAAUUUGUUAUUGUACUUCAAUGCUAACCCAUUAUUUGUAGUAAAUUUAAAAGAGCAACAAUUUCAUGGAAAUAUAUACGACUAUCACUGUUUUCUUGAAAACAGAACAUUAUCUAGGACUUUAUUAAAUCAGGAAUUUUCGACUGUUACAAAUGUACACAAAAAAAUUACGGAUAAAUUAAAAAGUAGUGGAAGAUUAUUAUUAAACAAAUUAUACACGAAUAAAGCUAUAAUUGUUUUAUUGAAUAGCUACAAUCUUCACCGUGGUAGGAACUUGUCGAGUUAUUAUACAGCUAUGAUUCUCUGGAUAGAUUCUGGGUUUGAAUUUAUUUUGCAUCAAAUUUCAACACAUCACAUUUAUUAUGAUAAACCAUUGAAAACAGAGAAUACCUUUGCACAAGACAACUCUAUAGUUUACCAGCAAUAUAUAAGAACCUUAUUUAAGGAAGUUAUCAAAAAUAAUAAAACUUUAAGAAAAGAUGAAAGUAAUGUAUGUUACGAAUGCUUAAAGCAUACUGUUAAAAAUAUGAAAAAAUGUUCGGUUUGUUAUUUUGCUUUGCUUUGCACAAACGAAUGUGAAAAAGAACAUGAGUUCAGUAAAUGUUUGGUUAAGAUCAGAAAAAAUUUAAUAAUAAAAAUUCAAAAUCAGUUCCCAAUAAAUAAUGAGCUGAGGAAACAAGCAAUACAACAAAUAAUACAUCAGAAUCGUUUAAAUUCGACUUUAUUUUCAAUUUCAAAACAAAUUUCAGUAAAGUGUUAUGAUAAACUUCAAAAUAGAAAAUAUCAAAUGAUUCUACCUUCUACGUUAUCGUCACCAAUAAGUGCUGUUGAAGUGCUUUCUCUUGUUGAUGUAAAUUCUUUGACAAAUUUAUCAGAAAUGACGUCAAAUCUUUCCGAUGAAUAUUAUUCACAAUCAAAAAAUUUUUCAAAUAUUCAAAGUAAAUCAAGUAUUAAAUACAAUGAUUACGAACAAAAAGAACGAAUUGAACAAUCCACCAUUUCUGAACAAACAGAUAAUUUAACUAUUGAACAACAUAAAACAUUACACGCAAGAGUUUUAGAGUUCCUGGAACAAUGGAAAACAAAUUACAAAAAACAUUACUGGUCUAUGAGACAAAUGCGUGAAAAAACUUUAGAGUUAUCUGAUGUAUCAGUACUUAAGUUUAAAACAAAACGGAUGUCAGGCUGUAAAAGACCCAUGCUGAUGUUUCUGGACAAUUUCUUAGAUAUAAAUUCAUCUGGAAGGCAAGAAAUUCCUGAUACAAAAUUGUCAUAUUUGGCGAUGACCAAAGAGAAUAUUAUAGAGAAUAAUUUAGAAAAUAAAUGUCUAAAUUUCAUACAUAACUAUAGUCAGUUGUAAUGUUAUGCAGAUUAAAUAUAAGUUAUAAAACUAACAAUUUUAAUUUUAUAAACACUUAAACUUUCAAAUAAAAAAAUUUAUAUGUAAUAAAUUAAAUAUUUCUUAUAAAUUAAAGAACAGUGUACCUAGUUUGAAUAUCUCUUAAUUGGUAGUUCGAUAAAUAAAUUCCGAUUUAUUCAAAUGUUUACCUGAUUUUAACUUAUUAUAACUAAUUAAUUUCAUUACAGACAAAAUUUAUAGCUAAACUGCCCAAAAAAUCGAUUUUUUUUUUAUUCAACA